AUGUCAAAUGAUUCACAGUGUCCAAAUAUGCACCAAAAACGUUUUGAAGAAUUUUUGAAGUCGGGCUCUCGAGUUAUGAUGCUCAGUGCGCAAAAGAUGAGUUAUGGCAAAAAUGCCGACACAUAUCUUAUGUGCUCUGAGCAUCAUAACUCGAGCCCGACUUCAAAAAUCCUUCAAAACGUUUUUGGUGCAUGUUUGGACAUUCUAUUCUCAUGCGAAAUUUCAAGUCAAUUGAGCGAAUUUGAACAGAGUUAUGAAUGUUCGAAAAAAUUCUCCUCACCACUUCUCGCCACUGUAAAACAUUUUCGUGCUGAUUUAAGAGCAAAACGUUCUACAUGUUCCCCCUUCCUUCUUCUUUUCCAUGUUCUCGAUGACUUUAUUCAAAAUAAGCAGAAGACAACAGAAAAAUGA